AUGGAAUCAGUUAGAUACAGACCUAAUAUUAUUAUAUCGGGAACUCCGGGGUGCGGGAAGUCCACUACGUGUGAGCUUUUGCGCAGAAGAGUUUCUGAUGAAUACAAAUACUUCAACAUUAGUGACUUCGCCAAGGAAAAAGACUGUUACGAUGGGUACGAUGAGGCCCGUAAGUCGCAUAUUGUGGACGAAGACCGAUUGCUUGACGAAUUAGAGCCGCUUCUCAGAAAGGGUGGGUGUAUAGUGGAUUGGCAUGUGAACGAUAUAUUUCCAGAGAGAUUGAUAGAUCUUGUGGUAGUGCUAAGAUGCGACAACGCUGGAUUGUACGAUAGGUUGAAGAAGCGUGGGUACCACGAUGCUAAGAUCGAUGAGAAUCUAGACGCAGAGAUUAUGGGGGUGGUGCUUCAGGAUGCGCUCGACAGUUAUGCGAAGGAGAUUGUUGUUGAACUACAGAGUGACACUACGGAGGAUAUGGACAAAAACGUGGACCGUAUUGCGGCAUGGUUGGACCAAUGGUUGGAGCAACACGAAGACGGUGUGACUAAUGAGCUUGAAGGUGCUCAAGAAGGUGACAGUGACGGACAAGAGAGUCAGGAGGAGGAAGAAGAGGAAAGUCAAGAAGAAGAAGAGGAGGAUUAA